AUGGAUGAGAGAAGCAUGUCAGGCUUUUGUAUUAGAACUGGAAGCUGUGUUCGUAGUGGCAGUACCACUUCUGGCACAAAAUGUGGGCGUUGGAAUCCAACUAACGAACAAGUUAAGGUUCUGACUGAACUUUUCAGUUCAGGACUUCGAACUCCAAGCACUGAUCAGAUUCAGAAAAUCUCUACUCAGCUUAGUUUUUACGGCAAGAUUGAGAGCAAAAAUGUUUUCUAUUGGUUUCAAAAUCAUAAGGCUAGGGAAAGACAGAAGCGUCGUCGAAAGGUUUCGUCCUCAGAUGAUGAUGACGAUAACAGUAUUCGUCGAGAAAAUACUACGUCCAGAAAUUCUUCUUCACCAAAUUUUGCUCAGCUAUAUCAGGUUUCUGAGCCUAAGAGGGUGAUUGAGACACUUGAGCUUUUUCCCUUGAACUCAUUUGGUGAAUCAGGAUCAAAGAAUUUGAGGAACUAUACAAAUGAAUGCAGGGAUAGUAGUAAUAAUAAUAUGUUUUCAUACACAAUGAGGGAACAAAUGGAUCAUCCACCAUUAGAUCUAUGUUUAAGUUUUAUGUAA